CCACUCUGCCCGUAGAAGAGUACGACUUUCGACCCCGCCGAAGCCUUCCCCUCUGCGCCGCAACCAUGUCGCUUGACGAAAAGAAGCACGUCUCCACGUCCACCCUUGAGACGAUGGACGACGAUGAUAAGGAGCUCCUCGCCAUGGGUUACAAGCCCUCGUUCAAGCGCGAGUUUACGAAUCUGGCCACAAUUAGUUUCGCGUUCAGUAUCAUGGGUCUUUGCUCCAGUAUCUCCACGACGUUCAACACCCCCUUGCUCACCGGAGGUCCUGCCAGUGUUACCUGGUGUUGGAUUCUUGGAGCAUGUCUGUGCUUCGCUCUUGGUGCCAGUAUCGCAGAGAUUGUCAGCGCGUUCCCCACUUGUGGUGGAUUGUACACCGCCUCCGCACAAUUGACGCCCAAGAAGUACCGAGCCUCAGUUGGCUGGCUUGUAGGGUGGCUCAAUAUUCUUGGCCAAAUUGCAGGUAUCUCCUCGACUGAGUUCGGUCUGUCAAACAUGAUCCUUGCAGCGGUCAACAUUGGAACUGACGGUGCCUUUGAGAUCACCUCGGGCAAAGUCGUGGGUCUCUUCGCGGGUCUUAUGGUCGUCCACGGUUUGCUGAAUUCCAUGGCGACCAAAUACUUGGCUCAUCUCACCAAGUACUUUGUCUUCGUCAACCUGGGAACCACUUUCGUUAUCAUCAUCGUUUUGCUUGCGAAGACCCCUCGUUCUGAGAUGCACCCUGCUAGCUAUGUCUUCGGUUCCGAUGGUAUUGUUAACCAAACUGGAGGGUGGAACACAGGCCUUGCUUUCCUCCUUGGUCUCCUCUCCGUUCAGUGGACGAUGACUGACUAUGAUGCCACUGCUCAUAUCUCUGAGGAAGUCAAGCGAGCGGCGUAUGCAGCUCCCUCUGCCAUUUUCAUUGCUGUUGUUGGCACUGGUUUGAUUGGCUGGUUGUUCAACAUCAUUAUCGUCCUCUGCUCCGGUCCUCUUGCUGAACUCCCGGGCCCCUCUGGCAAUGCUGUGCUUACCAUCUUGUUCAACCGAGUUGGUAAGGGAGGUGCGCUGGCUAUUUGGGUAUUUGUUUGCUUGACUGCGUUCUUCGUCGUCCAAACUGCCUUACAAGCUGCCUCACGAACUGUUUACGCUUUCAGCCGCGAUCACGGGUUGCCUGACGCUGGUUUCUUUGGAAAGAACAACAAGCGGACUCACACUCCUCUUCGCGCUAUCUGGCUCACCACUUUUAUCUGCAUCCUGCCUGGCUUCUUGGCUCUUGCGUCUCCCGUCGCUGCGAAUGCCAUCUUCUCGCUUACUGCCAUUGGACUUGACCUCAGCUACCUUCCUCCUAUCAUCUGCCGACGUAUCUUCGCCAAUCACCCCGAGGUUAUGUUCAAGCCAGGUCCUUUCUAUAUGGGAGACGGCUUCCUGGGUUGGUUCUGCAAUGUGGCUUGCGUCUUGUGGACACUCUUCAUUUGCGUUAUCUUCUCGUUGCCCACGGUCCUCCCUGUCACCUCCGAAAACAUGAACUAUGCAUCAGUUAUCACUGCUUGCGUUAUUAUCCUCGCAUACGCUUGGUACUUCGCUGGGGCCCGCCGCCACUAUGUCGGCCCGCAAUCCAAUAUUAACGACAGCAGCGUCGACAUGAUCAAACAAGAUACAGAAACGAAGAAGGUUUCUGACGACGAGGGGAGCAAUUCAUGA